AUGGCGCAGCCGCCGCCGCCACGGUGGGAACUGGAACGCGAGGUCUGGCUCGCCUGCGCUGGUCCCUACGCCCGCCUCCCCGCCACAGGCUCCCGGGUUUACUACUUCCCCCGCGGUCACGUCGACCAGUGCCGCGGCGCCCAUCUCCCUGUUCAGCCCGACGAAGCCUUGCCCUGCACCGUCUCUGCGGUCGAGCUCUUCUACCACGCCGCCAUUGACGACCCGUACGCCAUCAUCACCCUCCUCCCUAACGACGGGCAAGGGCAAGCGCAACCCUCCGACCACCAGGCCAACCCCACCGGCAGCAGGUCCGCCGCAUAUUUCGUCAAACAGCUCUCGUCCGAGAACAACAAAGAAGCUUUGGAUGUCCCAAAGGACUGUGCCGAGUCUCUCCUCCUAAAUCUCAACCACAACACUGAGAAGCAGACUCUGCACUUGCUCGAUAUGCAGCGGAAGGAGUUGCAGUUCGGCCACAGCGGCGACGAUCGCCUCACCACCGGCUGGGAUCAGUACUUCCGGGACAAGCAGCUGAUGCUCCGCCUUGACGCCGUCGUCUUCAUCCGCAGCGCGAACGACCAGCUUCUUAUCGGCCCGCGACGCAGCUUAUGGAGCGAACACCACGCGCGCGAGCAGGUCCAGGACGUCAUGGGAGCGGCGGCGGCGAGAGUGGCUGGAGGGCCGUUCAGGGUCACCUACUACCCGCGGCAGGGCUGGGACUUCGUGGUGCCGACAGAAGAGGUGGACACCGCGGACGCGCGGAACAUCGAUUGGCAGCCCGGGAUGAAGGUGCGCAUGGUCUGCCCCGUGGACGAUCACGAGCUAGAAUCGAGCAGGGCCCAAAGGCGGAACUCCUACGAGGGCACCGUCACCGCCGUGAACAACACCACCUGGUGCAAACUUGAGAUAGAUUGGAAAACUGGCUUUCGGUCGUCACCAAAACCAUGGAUUGCCGAUAUCCCAGCAAGACAAGUCAAUGUAUGGCGAGUUGAAUUGCAGGGAGACUCAUCUCCCGGGAAGAAGCGCAAGACGACACAGAGUCACAAUUCUGCUGCAGGACAUCGAUCCAAGAAGUCGAAGGUGCCUCGGGCGUGAAGAUGGCCCCAGGAGUUGCGCCGGUUGAUGGGACUCCUAAAGACGAUAACCCUGCGAAAA